AUGCGUGUCUCCGCCACAAUCGGUGCUACACUCGCACUCUGCACUGCUACGCUCGCGUGGGAUAUCUCGUUCUACACCGACUCGAGUUGUGCUCAAGAUAAUGGCGACUAUGUCACCUAUAGUGGAAGUCAAGGCGGCAAUUGCCAAUGGCUGGGCGCUCAGCCCCCAAGCUGGGCUAAGUGUUCCAAAUUUACGAAUGGUGGGGUUAAUGGCCCUUUUGAUUGCACCGGGGAUGAUUUCACGGACGCCAAAUCAUUUGCUAUUGGCAGCGGCAAUUUCUAUCUAGCCGACGCUCGCUCUGCGAACAGCGGUAACUGUCAGACCGGAUUUGGCAGUUCUCAAAUCGGAUGUCAGAGCAUCCAUGUUAGGGGUUUUACACCGAAUUAA